CUGUCCAGGCUGCGCACAGUCAGCACCAGGGGGUCCGGGCGUUGGAUGCAGAAGGGAGGCUGAGAGUCGGAAAGAUAGCGAACCAGAUGGUUUUACCAGAGGAUUUGCCUUUCUGCUACAGUGUGUGUGGGAGGUUUGGAAACAACUGAAAGAAGACUGAGAUGUGCUGCUUUCGUCACUGUUGCAGGCUGCUACUGUAACCCUCACAUCGUGGGAUAGAGAGAGCAGCGGAGAGGAUGAUGGGAGGCAAAACAGCAGAGAUGCAGCCGACAGCCAAUCAUGGAUCUUCCAGAGUCAUCUCUGUAGUGUUUGUGACUCUCCUGAUUGACUUGUUAGGAUUCACUCUCAUACUCCCCCUUCUUCCCUCAAUUCUGGAGCAUUUCAGCAAGUCUGACGACAGCCUUUAUCAGACCAUACAGCACAGUGUUGAUUGGUUUGCUUCAGCUAUUGGGGUGCCUCAAGAGAGAAAAUACAACAGUGUUUUGUUUGGGGGCUUUAUAGGCACCAUCUUCUCCCUCCUUCAGUUCAUCUGCUCUCCACUCACUGGGGCUGCGUCUGAUUAUUUAGGAAGACGACGAGCCAUGAUGAUUACAGCGGUGGGGUUAAUCUUCUCUUACACUUUAUGGGCCAUCUCCAGAAGUUUUGGGAUCUUCAUUCUUUCUCGGGUUGUUGGCGGACUAAGUAAAGGCAAUGUCAGUCUGUGUACAGCUAUAAUUGCAGAUUUGCCCUUGCUGAAGAACCGGAGCACAGGCAUGGCAAUGAUUGGUGUAGCAUUUUCCCUGGGCUUCACUAUCGGCCCAAUGAUUGGAGCCUACUUUGCAAUGAAUGCAGCCAGUGAGGAGAUCUUCUAUGUCCGCCCAGCUCUACUUGCCCUUUUCUUCGCGGUAGCAGAUUUGAUUUUUAUCUUCUUGUUUCUUCCAGAGACACUCCCAAAGGAAAACAGGGUUCCUUCUGUAACGGCUGGUUUUAAAGGGGCCUCAGAUCUGCUCAGUCCCGUUGCUCUGUUUCAUUUCUCAGCCAUCACAAGAAGAAAGGGCUCUCCUUCCCCUGAGAAUGUUGAGAAGCUGCGGUUGCUGGGGAUGGUCUAUUUCCUGUACCUCUUCCUGUUUUCGGGGCUGGAGUACACCCUCAGCUUUCUCACCCACCAGCGCUUCCAGUUCAACAGCAUGCAGCAGGGGAAGAUGUUUUUCUUCAUCGGACUCACCAUGGCGGUGAUCCAGGGAGGAUACGCUCGCAGAAUCAGGCCAGGAAAUGAAAUCAAGGCUGUGAAACGGGCCAUUAUUCUGCUCAUCCCAGCCUUCCUGCUGAUUGGCUGGGCCACUAACUUACUGGUGCUGGGAGCCGGCCUCUUACUCUACUCCUUCGCCGCAGCGAUCGUGGUGCCGUGCCUCUCCUCCUUAGUGUCCACGUACGGGUCGGCCAGUCAGAAAGGAACGGUCAUGGGAAUCCUGCGCAGCCUGGGGGCUCUCGCCAGAGCUCUGGGACCCAUCCUAUCAGCAUCACUGUACUGGCUGGCCGGGGCUCAGAUCUGCUUCAGCCUCUCCGCCUUCCUCUUCCUCGUCCCGCUGCUUUAUCUGGGACGAUUGAAACAAAAAGAAUAAGGAUUGAUGGCUGCCGGCCAUUCUGUGCCACCCAAAGCCGACGGACACCUGGUAUCAUUCUCUCUGUGCCUUAAUGGACUUUGCAGGAAAUAUAGGGACCAGCCAAUCAGUGUCUCCUUAGGCUCGGAAUAGAACACGUGGCAAGGGGGAUACGUAUAGGCCUGUCAGCUUACCCUUUAAACAGGACCUUUCCUUAAUAACAGACUGAGAAACACCAGGGUUCCUGCCAAUCACUACAGUCACGGGAAUCCCUAUAAAUCAGGGGUGGGCAAACUCUUAGGCUCAGGGGCCACAUUGACGUUUAAAAUUUGACAGACGGGCCAGCGCCGUCUCCGCUCGUCAGUCCCCUAGGUUUUGCGUUGCUGCGCUUACAUGCAAUCUUGACGCAUGAUGAGACUUGCGGAGUCGGGAUUUUCUGAAAGACAGAAGAUUACGGACUGCGGCCUCUGUUAGGAAAACCAAGACACACCAAUCCUUAACGGGCCUGAUUAAAAAUGCCAACAGGCCAGAUGUGGCCCGCGGGCUGUAGUUUGCCCACCCCUGCUGUAAUGCCUUUGGAACUGGCCACUCCUGGCAGCUGCUUAUCCCAUUUAUGGGGCCACAGUAACGGCCUCUCCUGGCCCUACCCUAUAUGAUUGGGCAAAUCAUGAUUGGCCUGCUGUUUUGUUCUGGUUGAGGAAUGGAAUUCUCUAUGAUAGGAUUUCUGUUCUGGUCAGGGAUUGGGCAGGCCAGAAAGUUCCUGUCAGACACAAACCCCAUCAAUUAGUGGUGCCUUCUUGUUACUGGCUGCUGUUACAGAGCUUGGGGGUUCCUACUAGGGACCUGUUGCACUGGAUUCCUAUAGCGCUGACCCGUUCCAGGCUGCACUGAUGUUACAGGACCCGCACUCCAUUCUUUUAUACAAUGUGUUUGUUUUGCUGCAAUAGAUAGAAAUCUCUCCUUUUUCCCUUACAGGGGAGCUGUUACACUUCAGAACAUUCCUUGCGUGCCUUAUGUAUUUAGCCACAUCUGCAGGCGCUGCCAUACUGACUGCUUUGAGACACGAGGACAUCUAUGUUUGCCCUUUAGAAAUACAUGUUAAUAAUAAUAUUAUGCCUACACUAUAGCUCUGUGUAUAAAGCUGAGCAGGGGCAAGCAGUAUGGCAGCUCCCAUUGCCGGAGACAGGCACAGAUGGCACACUGUAAUGUACAGGAGUUUUCACUGCUGGUUCUUCAGUUUCUGAGAAUUCUUAUAAAUACCAAAGGCUGAGUUGUACUAUAAACAUGCAAUUUCAUAAAUAAACAUUUUUUUACCGUA